UUUGCUUCCUAGGGUGCACUCCGCCACAGCGUCUCCUUCCUACUCCUCCCCUCACACCGCUUGCUUCCCCUCUCCUACCCGAUUCGUUUGCGGCGACACCAACCCGCACAACCGCCCGAGAAAGCAGAGGAACAAGGCCACCGGCGGCUAUGGCGAUGGCGGCGCUGCGACGCGAGGGGAGGCGCGUCCUCCUCUCCACACCCUCCCCUGCCGCAGCCAUGGCGGUGCGCUCCCCAGCCGUCUCCCAGCCGGAGAUUGCGCCGCUUGGUGCACGGUCCAUUUCAACACAAAUCGUGAGAAACCGCAUGAAGAGUGUCAAGAACAUUCAGAAGAUUACAAAAGCAAUGAAGAUGGUUGCAGCAUCGAAGCUUCGUGCUGUUCAAAUAAGAACAGAAAAUUCACGUGGUCUAUGGCAACCAUUUACUGCCCUCCUUGGCGAUACUCCUAGUGUUGAUGUCAAGAAAAAUGUUAUUGUCGCUAUCACAUCUGACAAGGGUCUCUGUGGUGGUAUCAACUCUACGUCGGUUAAAGUCAGCAAAGCACUCCACAAGUUGACUUCUGGUCCAGAGAAAGAAAGCAAGUAUGUCAUAUUAGGAGAAAAGGGUAAAGUCCAACUCAUUCGCGACUCCAAGAAGAGUAUUGAGCUGACAGUAUCUGAAUUGCAGAAGAACCCUAUCAACUACACACAGAUAGCUGUGCUGGCAGAUGAUAUCUUGAAAAAUGUUGAAUUUGAUGCUCUGAGAGUUGUUUUUAACAAGUUCCAAUCUGUCAUAUCAUUUAAGCCCACGGUGACUACAAUAUUGUCACCAGAGGUCAUGGAGAAAGAAUCAGAAUCUAGUGGGAAGGUUGGUGACCUGGAUUCAUAUGAAAUUGAAGGAGGUGAAACCAAAUCAGAAAUUCUGCAGAAUCUUACUGAGUUCCAGUUUUCAUGUGUCAUGUAUAAUGGUGCACUAGAGAAUGCAUGCAGUGAGCUUGGAGCCCGUAUGUCUGCCAUGGACAGCUCGAGCAGAAACGCUGGUGACAUGCUUGAUCGUCUGACACUCACGUACAACAGGACACGUCAAGCUUCUAUCACUACAGAGCUCACUGAGAUCAUUUCUGGUGCCUCAGCCCUUGAGGGAUAAUGGUGAAACUUUUGUCGAAUAUUUCUUCCUUUUUUUUUGUUGCCGCUCCAAACAAAAGCUUCCUAUCAUCUGAAGCAGCCUUUAGUUUUUCAUCGCAAGCGGAUCCUGUCGCCAAAUUUCAAUAAUUAGCCUGAUUACGGGACGGUGCUAUGCAUGUCUGCUUGUUCCAAUCAACCUUGUUUUGUUGAAAGCCUGGCAUAUUUAUAAAAGAUGAUGGUAUAUGAAA